CUUCCCCCUCCAGCUCCUAGCUAAGCUUGUGCUGUGGAGCUAUUGUUGUGUUUUCCUUGCUGCAGUCCUGAGGUGGGGAGACCCUUGUGGAUUCUGCUGCUGGGGCUAGCCUGGGACAAGAACCCAAGUCAAUUCAGAAAGAAGAUACACCCCCAAGAGCUUCUUGUUUGUUUGUGUGUGAGAGAGAGAGGCGAAUUGGAGUAAAACCUUGGCCUAAGGAGAAGGCUGCUCCCUAGAAAAAUGGCCGCCGAGCAAGGGAUUCUGGGAGAUCUGGUUCCCGGGUUCCAAGCUGGGCUACGGCCAGGGGAGGAGAUGUUGCAGUGUGGACUCCUGAGCCCCAAACCGGAGGAAGAAUUGGAGGGAAGGAGUGAAACGUCUCCCAGCAUCCCAACCGGUGGCGCCGGCGAACUUUCCAAAAUAAUGACGUCCCCGCACAUCAAAGAGGAAGCCGACGAAGGUUUGGCACAGCAGUGGGAGCCUCGGUGGCAGGAUUUCCCAAGGGAGCCGCGUCCCUUUCACACAAUCUGGGGGGGCGCGCCCUCCCCCUGGGGCCAUGCUGAGGCUUCGCCCUCUCCUUUCCAUGCUGGUGGCCGACCCGGAGGAGAGCGGGUGGCCCAGCCGUGGCCUGGCCCCGGCAGAGACGUUCAAGGGGCGGGUGGUGGGCCGCUAGCCGAAGGUGAGGCAGCCUGCGGGAAAGUCGAGGAGAAGGCGUCCCCGGAUGAAGAGGCCGUCGACACGGAGAAGUGCCGCCGGCGGUUCCGGCACUUUGGCUACCGGGAGGCCGAGGGCCCCCGUGAGGUCUGCAGCCGCCUCUGGUUCCUGUGCUACCAGUGGCUGAAGCCAGAGAGGCGCACCAAGGAGCAGAUCCUGGAGCUGCUGAUCCUGGAGCAGUUCCUGGCCGUCCUGCCCCCGGAAGUGCAGAGCUGGGUGAAGGAUCGCGACCCGGGGAGCUGCGCCCAGGCGGUGGCCCUGGCAGAGGACUUCAUGCUGAGGCAGGAAGAGGAGCCCCUGGGGGCAGGCGGUGAAGUCUCCCAGCCUCUCGGAGCAGGAGAGAAGGGUUUCGCGGCGCUGUUGCCUUUGCAACAUAUGGAGAAAGUGGUGUCUGGGCUUCUGGCGGAGGUGGGCCUGUAUUCUUCCAAAGCGAGAGGCACCUUCAAAACGGACAAGCAGGAGAUCAGCAGAGAUGCUUCUUUGCAGGAUGUUCCAGCAGAUAAUUUCCCAGAGAGGGAAGCCUCAGCAGUUUUGCCCCAGGAAAUCCCGAGGAAAGAGGAUCCAUUGCGAGACUGCGGGAGGGACUUUGGUGCCAGUCCAGACGUGGCUGAGCGCGAAGACGCGCCCCCUGGCUUGAAGCCUCACAAAUGCUCCGAGUGCGGGAAACGAUUCCAUCAGAUUUCCCACCUUAACAGACACCUGAGAAUCCACACCGGCGAGAAACCGUACAAGUGCCUGGACUGUGGGAAAAGCUUCACGCAGGGCUCCUGCCUGCUGGGGCACCAGAGGAUCCACACGGGCGAGAAAGCGUACUCGUGCUCGUACUGCGACAAAAGCUUCAUUUGGAGCUCGGGGCUCCACCAGCAUGAGAAGAUCCACCUGGGCGAGAAACCUUACAAGUGCCUGGAGUGCGGGAAGAGCUUCCACCGGAGCUCUGCUCUCACUGACCACGUGAGGUCCCACACCGGGGAGAAGCCGUACACCUGCUCCGACUGUGGGAAAGGCUUCAGCCAGCACUCCAACCUCAUUGUGCACCGGCGAGUCCACACUGGGGAGAAGCCGUACACCUGCUCUGUUUGCGGGAAAAGCUUCACCCGCACAGCGUUGCUUAUGGCGCACCUCAGAAUCCACACAGGAGAAAAACCCUACAAAUGCUUGAUCUGCGAGAGGAGCUUCAGGGAGAGGCCAGCUCUUACAAAACAUAAGAAGGUCCACAUGAGAGAGAAUUUGUAGCGCGUCUGGACUUUUGGGGAAACCUCUGCGUUGGCUCUCCUUUCUGGGCAUAAAGUAGCUUUUUUUGCUACACACAGCCACACCAUCAAGUUAAGUGAUCUUACAUUGCUUGAACAGCUGCGGCUUCCCUCAAAGAUUCCUGGGAACUGUAGUUUGUUAAGGGUGCAGGGAAUUGAAGCUCGGUGCCAGGAGUUGUUAGCUGUUUCCUGACCACUCUCAGCAGCAUCCCAUAACAAGCCACACUUCCCAGGAUUCCUUGGAGGAAGCCAUGACUUAAAAGCAGUGUAAGAGAGCUUUAAAUGGUGUGAAUGCGACCUUAGAAAUGGCUGAUAGGUCAAAGCUGCUGUGAUGUCAUGGAAUGGUUUCUGAUCAAUUGGGGAAACUCACUAAUUGUACUUUGAUAAGAGCGAAGGGAAGGGAAGAGUAAGGCUGGCAUAACUGGGUAGGGAAAACCAAGAAAACAUUGGAUGCUAGAAAAGUAGUUUUUGAGAGUUUGUUGUUGUUGUUUCGGGGGUGGGGGGGGGUGUUGAGGGAUGGAGAGCCAAAAUGUGAGUGAGGCCAAACGUGAUGUCUGAACACUGAAUUUCACACAGCAGCUUUCAGCUCGCCAGCUGCAUCUUAAGCUGCGGGUGCCAUGUACAAAAUAUUUUACAGAAAGUGGUACCCAGCAAACUUGCACCCUGAAGAGAACAGCCUCCUGAUGUUGGAAAUCCCAGCGCAGAAGAGGCUGGCCUGCUCCUGAGUCCUUCUUGCCUGUUUUUCCAUUUACAGGGUUUUUCUCCCCUAUUGAUUUUUUCCAGUCUUCUAUCCGAACUCAGGGACUCUAAAGAGCUGGUCAGAAACACCUGUCACACAAAAUAAAGUUGGGAGUGGUUGUUGGCUUUUUUUUUUGACUGAGUAGAGGAAAGCACUUUAUUGUGGAAAUGUUUGUAAUGGGUUCAGGCAUAUUGCUCAUUGCCACCUUCUUUUAAGGAUGCCGUGCUGAAUAUAGAACCAUGAAGGUUUGGUGGGGUGGAGGAACAUACCUCUAGGUCAGGGGUCCGCAGACUUUUUCA